AUUUGAAUUAAGUGGGGGGUUAGGCGCUCGCGCGCACGCGGGUAUGUUACUCGGUUAGGACUGUUAGGGGGGAGAGAAGGGGAGAGCGAGAGGGUCCUGCGUAUCCUCGUGGCGGAGGACGCGCGCGCAGUCCUUACAGGUAGGAAUUACAGAUGAGAAAAUGCCACUUUUUGGGAAAAUUGUUGUCAUUAAAAAGAAUGGGAGUGAUGGAACUCAUUUUCCGCUGACUAGAAACUCUUGUUUGUUUGGAAGGAAAAGAGAGUGUGACAUCAGAAUUCAGCUGCCUCAGGUUUCCAAAGAACAUUGUAAAAUCGAAGUCAAUGAAAAUAAGGAGGCAACUUUGUUUAACUUAAGUCCUGCAAACCCAACAGAACUCAAUGGAAAUAUUUUUCAGCAACCUACAUACUUAAAGCAUGGAGAUGUAUUCACUAUUAUUGAUCGUUCUUUCAGGUUUGAAUAUCCACCUUCAUUACUUCCACGGAAGAGGAGUUCCAGGUCUCAAGAGAAUGAAACAUUACAGGUUCUUCAUAUUCUGCAGGAAGAACAGGAAGAGUUGUUGCACUGUCGGAAUUCAGAAUCUAAAAGUCCUCAGAUUUCUGAAGUUAAGAAAUCACCUAAAAAGCGGAAGGAUGAAGAACCUGACAUAUUAAGUCAGCCUCUUGGAAAGAGAAAGAGGGUGUCCUUUGGUGGGCACUUGAGUCCUGAACUGUUUGAUAAACGCUUACCUCCAAACUCACCACUUAAAAGAGGUGCAACUCCAGCACGACUGAGCUUGCCAUUUGGAAACUCGCCUCGAGCGGUUUUGAAAUUUAGACAAUCUCGAAUCAAGAGUUUCCCUGAAGGGGUUCAGCAUGAGAUUAGUUCAUCUAAGAAUGCUGCCUCACCCACAGCACGCAGGUCUCCGGUUGCCUCACCCGCAGCACGCAGGUCUCCGGUUGCCUCACCCGCAGCACGCAAGUCUUUGGUUGCCUCGCCCGCAGCACGCAAGUCUCCGGUUGCCUCGCCUGCAGCACGCCAGUCUCCAGUUGCCUCGCCCGCAGCACGCAGGUCUCCGGUUGCCUCGCCUCCAGCACGCAGGUCUCCGGUUGCCUCGCCUCCAGCACGCAGGUCUCCGGUUGCUUCGCCCCCAGCCACUUUUUCUUUUGAUGCACCCCAAAGAAGAGGUCGCUUUUCAGUUUCUCAUGUUACCAGCCCACCUUCAGAAGAACAGGAUGCUCUUUCCAGUCAGAUGAACGGAGAUGAAGAAGAGUUCACUGAAGUUAAGACAUCUGAACCUACUGUUCAAGAAUGCAAAGCUGCUCGUUCAACAAAGAGGAGCAAAAAUGCUACUCCAAGAAGUUCUUUGUGUAGGAGAAGUGGAGUAAUGGGUGUAAUUCACUCUAAAAGGCAAAGUGGUGCUUCCAAAGCCAACUUGAUAGUUGCAAAGUCUUGGGCAGAUAUAGUGAAACAGGGUGUUCCAAAAUCUCAAGUAAGCAGUGCUGCAAAAUGUGGUCUUAAAAGAUCAGCCAAGAAGAGGUCAGCCAAGAAGAACUCAACAAAACCAUCAAAGAACAAUGUUUCCAUGCUAAAAACGCCAAUAAGAAAAGUCAAGGGUCACUUUACUACAGGCCAUGCAAAUUCCCCUGCUCCAAUUGUGAUUGGAAAAGCUCAUACCAGUAUUGUGAAUGCUGCUGUACAAGUCCCUAAAGUGAUGAUCAACUAUCCUUUGAAGAAACAUGAUGACUUAAAUGAAAGUUUUACAGGGUUGGCUGAGAUAUUCAACACUCCACUGACAGGUUUACCCUCUUCUGCUCAAAAGACUACUAUACCAACACCAGAAGUCGUCUCAGAAAUGCACACUCCAGAGGAGUCUGGAGAGAUGUCUGUAUCACCUUUCAGCGCAGCAAGCCAACAAAAACUUUACAACCAAGAUGUCAUAUCCCCCUUCUUGAAGGAAGUGUCACAAAUCUCUGGUCUUGAGCAAGAUGACCUAACUACAACUCCAAAAGUAAUGAAUUCUUCAGUAGAAAAAGAUGUAGGGAAAAAUAUGUCACUGGUCACAGCAGCAAAUGAAGCUACUAUACAGGGAGUGAUGGAAGAUAAAAGAAAAGGUCCAGAACAAAAAUUAGAGCCUGUUGAAGCAUUUUCAGGGGUCAAGAGGCUCUUGAGGACACCGAAGCAAAAACCAGAGCCAGUUGAUGCUCUUUCAGGCGUGAAGAGGGUCUUGAGAACACCCAAACAAAAACCAGAGCCAGUUGAUGCGCUUUCAGGAGUUAAGAGGGUCUUGAGAACACCCAAACAAAAACCAGAGCCAGUUGAUGCACUUUCAGGAGUCAAGAGACUCUUGAGGACACCCAAAGAAAGCCUGCAGUCUAUUGCAGAUGACACUGUCUGCUCCAAAUUCAUUAUUAAUCAUGUUAUCAAGGCACCUAAGGAAAAAGUGGAAGCAGUGGAAGAUAUGGGAGGGAUUCAUAGGCUAUUGAGAACACCUAAACAAAGAUUUGAACCCAUGGAUGAUAUGGUUGGCAUUAGUCGAUUACUGAAGACACCAAAGCAGAAGUUUUUGCCAGUUGAUGACUACUUGGGACUGCAGAAGUUUAUGACCGAACCUAAACAAAGCUUUCCAAGUCCUGAAGUUGAUUAUACAGGUGUUAAGGAAAUGUUGGAAGCUGCAGAUGGACAGAAGGCUGAAUUGCCAGAGUUUGUGAAUCUAAUGAAAGAAGAUAAUGGAUCUUGUAUGAGUUCCAGAGAGUCCAUGAGAAAUGACUAUGAAAAUAAAGAAGCAAAACUGGAAUCAUCACCUAAAAGAAUAUCUCCUUUGCCAAAACCAAAGGACAACAGUAAAAAUAUUUCAGAAUUAGAAGAUAACUUGGGACACGUUGCAUGUAACACAUUUAUUGAAUUAAAAUCAGAAGCAGUGAUAGAACCUGUUGAAAUAAUGCGUGUUUCAGAAAGCCAUCAGCUAAAGGAAAUGGACUCUGAAAAUGGGCACAAAAUUGAUUUUGUGAAAGAACCAGUUGCAAAUUCUGGGGCAGUAGAUAUAGAAAUCGUUGGACCAUUGGCUUCAGCUAGAAGAACUAGAAGAGCUGAUAAAUCCAGAUCUGUAAAAGAACAUGAUGCAAAAAAUACACAGAGGCAUACAAGCAGCACCCAGAGAGCAGAAUCAGUCAAUUGUGUGCAAGCUAAUGAAAACUUUGACCAGAACAUCACUGAAAUAAAUCUAAAGCAAGAAUCUGAAAGCAACACAUCAGCAGUUGAAACUGAGGGGGAAAUGGCAGCUCGACAAACUGAAGCAAGUUUAGAUUUAGAAGAAAAUGCAGAGAUACAAGACAAAAUAAAAAACCAAGAUUUUGAAACUUCAGGAGUGGAAAGCGCUGGAAAUGUCAUACUUAAAAGAAAUAGAAGAGGAAAGGCUGCUUCAAUACAAGCAGAAUUGUUUACAACAAACACAGAUGUUAAUGAGGCUAAAAAGGAAAGUCUAGGACACACAACACCUAAAACACAGGUUUUGGAAAAGACUGCAAUAGAAGUUAAAGAAAAUAAUGUUAGGAGAAGGAAAGGGAGGAAAGUUCAUCUAUGUGAUAAUUCUGUACCACUUGAGGAAAAACAUAUGCUUGGAGAUAAGGAUGGUGCUUAUGAAGAACAAAAGAGUGCUUCCAUUGCGUCACAGCCAGGCAUGCAGGAAAUUCAAAAUGAAGAGAAUCCUGAUGAAGCGCAAAAGGUGCCAUUGGAAAGUGUGCAAACUCCUGAGGAGCAUAGUCCACCAAGAAGGCAGACAGUAGCACCCAGGAGAGGAAGAGUCAAGCGAGCCAUUUCCCAGGAAAAAACUAUAGGAUGUGACAGUAAACAGGCAGCUGAUACAGAAGACCAAAAUAUGCCUGUCACUGUAAAAGAGAAUCGACCAAAAAGGGGCAGGGGAAGAAGAGCUGUUCCUGAAUGCCAGAUACCACCUCUUUUGGAAAACGUUGCUCUUACAAAAGAGAGUCCAACAGUGGACAGCUUUAGUUCUACCCAAGGAAAAUGUUCUUUGCAAGAAACUCAGACUAAAGAGAAUCUUGAUGAAAUGCCUAAGAUGCCCUUGGAAAGUGAGCAACCUCUUUUAGAGCACAGCCCACCAAAAAGACAGAAGAUAGCAAAAGGAAACCCACCCAGGAGAGGUAGAAGCAAACAUACCAUCUCUCCUGAAACACUCACUGAAUGUGACAGUAAACAGGCAGCUGAUACAGAAGAGCAAAAUAUGCCUGUCACUGUAAAAGAGAAUCAGCCAAAAAGGGGCAGGGGGAGAAGAGCUGCUCCUGUAUGUUCAGUGACAUUGCCUCUGGAAGACAUUCCACUUACAUAUGAGGGCCCAACAGCGAACAGCAUUAGUUCUGCGCAAGGAAAGUGUUCUUUAGAUGAAAUUCAAAAAGAAGAGAAACCUAAUGAAACUGAGGAGGUGCCUUUGGAAGGUUUGCAGGCUCCUGCAAAGUAUUGUCCAGCAAGGAAGCAAAAAGUAGCAAAGAGGAUGCUGCCCAAGAGAGGGAAAACCAAGCAAGAUAUUUCUCAGGAAACAUCCGUAGAAUGUGAAAGUAAACAGACGGCUGAUAGAAAAGACCAAGCCAUGGUUGUCACCAUAAAAGAUAAUCAGCUGAAAAGGGGCAGAAGAAGAGCUGUUCCUGUAUCUCAUAUGACAUUGCCUCUAGGAAACCUUACUCCUGCAUAUGAGGGUGCAACAGUAGACAGCUUUAGUUCUGCUCAAGGAAAAUGUUCUUUGCAAGAAAUUCAUACUGAAGAGGAUCUUGGUGAAAUGACUAAGAUGCCCUUGGAAAGUGAGCAACCUCUUUUAGAACACAGCCCACCAAAAAGACAGAAGAUAGCAAAAGGAAACCCACCCAGGAGAGGUAGAAGCAAACAAACAAUUUCUCCUAAAAUACCCACAGAAUGUGACAGUGAACAGGCAGCUGAUACAGAAGACCAAAAUAUGCUUGUCACUGUAAAAGAGAAUCAGCCAAAAAGGGGCAGGGGGAGAAGAGCUGCUCCUGAAUGCCAGAUACCACCUCUUUUGGAAAAUGUUGCUCUUAAAAAGGAGAGCCCAACAGUGGACAGCUUUAGUUCUACCCAAGGAAAAUGUUCUUUGCAAGAUAUUCAAAAUGAAAAGAAUCUUGAUGAAAUGCCUAAGAUGCCCUUGGAAAGUGAGCAACCUCUAUUAGAGCACAGUCCACCAAAAAGACAGAAGAUAGCAAAAGGAAACCCACUCAGGAGAGGUAGAAACAAACAAACCAUUUCUCCUGAAAUACUCACUGAAUGUGACAGUUAUCAGGCAGGUGAUACAGAAGACCAAAAUAUGCUUGUCACUGUAAAAGAGAAUCAGCUAAAAAGGGGUAGAGGAAGAAAGACUGCCCCUGUAACAGCUCUUUCUCCCCUCAAAAGUAACAUUUUACCAUUGCCAUCAACCAAAAGCAAAGGUGCUGUGGAACAGCCAAGUGAGGCUUUGGAAAUUGCAACUGUUGCAAGUGAGAAUCUGCCACGUAGAGGCAGAAGAAGAAAAACAGAUGAGGCAAUUGCAGCAAGCUCAGUUUCUGCAAGUAAAAAGCCCAUAUUGCUUGAUACUGGGAAUCAAGAAGACAUGCCAGAAGUUUUAAAAGGUGUGACAAUAGAUAAUGUUUCCAAAAGAGGUAGAAGAAAGCAAUCGGUUCCUUCUGAAAUCUCAACAGAAAGUAAUGGCCAACCAGUAAGUGGCAACAGAAAGGUCUCUUUUGUAAAAGAUAAGAAGAUGUCUUUGGAAAGUAGUUCAGUUUUCCAAAACCAAUCAAAGGGGAAGAGAGUAAAAAGAACUACUCCAUCACGGGUACACCCUUCUCUCAAAGUAAGCAUCACUCUAACACCACCACCUCCAGACAAAGGUGAAACUGCCAGUGAAAAUGAUGCAACUGGAAAAGGGAAACUUGAAAAAUGUGGCAGAAGAAACAAAAUUAAAAUAGUGACACCUUCCAUGUCUGUCAAAAGAAAGCACAACCUUCCUGAAAAGGAAGAUUUUCAGGAAAAACAAAAUGUAGAUGUUGGAAAGCUAGCUAUAGCCAAUGAGAAAAUAAGCAGAAGAGGUAGAAGAGUUGAUGCACUUGAGGCACCUAUUUCUGCUUCUCUCAGAACCAACCGUAGAUUGAAUGCAGGGGGUGAUAAUGCUCCUAAAGAUCGACAGAUGAUUCUGAAGAACAAAUCAAAAUCUAAAGCAGAAAGCAUUGAAAAGACACCAUUAAAAAAAGAAAAAAAGAAAACAGUGAAAGAAGAACAUUCCAAAUCUACAGUUAAGCCUGCUGGAGAAACUGAAGGCAAGACAAGAGGGAGGAAAACAAAAAAAAAUGUUUUGUAAUUUUUGGUACUGGGUUUGUGUAAUUUUUUUCCUUCAGAAUAAAUGGACAUAUAUGGGUUGUAAAGUAUGUUUUGCAUUUAGAACCUUACUUUGUUUCUGUAACUUCAGUUCAUCCUUCAACAUUGACGCUUUCCCAUCUGUAUAUACAUUUUCAUAUAUUUUACAGGACUUUUUGUUUAACACUGUAUUGUGUUAAGAUAGUUUUAAUUCAGGUGUUAAUUGUUAUCUGAUUUUUACAUUAAACCAUACCUUGUCUUAAAAGAG